CCGAGGCUUCGCCGGCAUGAAGGCCGUCCGGUCGCUGGUCCGCCUGGGCCGCCAGCGAUCCCGCAGCGCCGGGGCGGACGACGAGGAGCGCUGCGGACUCAAGGACGCGGACCACAACGACGCCCGCGACAUCAGCCGCCCGCCCUCCGCCUGCUCCACCAUCUCCGACAACGAGUCCACUUGCUCCGUCUCCACCAACGUCAAGGCGAAGAAACACAAAUCCGAGACCGUGAACUCGACUCCUGCUGAACUCAAAGCUCAGGACUUCCAGGUAUGCAUCACCAUCAUCGAGGCCCGGCAGCUGGCGGGUCUGAACAUGGACCCCGUGGUGUGCGUGCAAGUCGGAGACCAGAAGAAAUACACGUCGGUGAAGGAGUCGACGAACUGCCCUUAUUACAAUGAGUAUUUCGUGUUUGACUUCCACAUGGCCCCUGCUAUGCUGUUCGACAAGAUAAUUACUUUAACGGUCUUACAAUGUCGGAACAUCCUUCGGUCUAACAAGGUCCUCGGGAGUUUUAAGCUGGACGUGGCGACUGUCUGGUCACAGCCAGAGCACCAGUUCUACCACAAAUGGGCGUUGCUCACCGACCCGGACGACAUCACGGGCGGGCCCAAGGGUUACCUCAAGUGCGACAUCUGCGUGGUGGGCAAGGGCGACGCGAUAAAGGCGCCGCUGAGGAACGACAAGGACGAGGACGACAUCGAGGGCCUUCCCGGUGCCCCUCCAAAACCUGCGCUGCCCGACGGAGUGCCAGCGGAGCGGCAGAGGGCCAAGUUCAUCGUCCGCGUCUAUCGGGCCGACGGGCUGCCCAAGAUCAAUUCCUCGAUCAUGGCCAACGUCAAGAAGGCCUUCACGGGCGAUUCCAAGGACCUGAUCGACCCUUACGUCCAGGUCUCCUUCGCUGGACUCUCGGGCCGCACGAGCGUCAAGAAGAACACCGCCAGCCCGACGUGGAAUGAACAAAUCGUGUUCACCGAGAUGUUCCCUCCGCUGUGCCAGAGAGUGAAGAUCCAGCUGCGAGAUAACGACGCCGUGAACGACACGGUUAUCGGGACCCACUUCCUCGACCUCACGACCAUCUCGAACGAGGGACAAGGUUUUACGUCCCUUGCCUGUGGUUAUAUGGAUCUUCGUUUAAUAUCUUAUAGCCCGGAAAUCCGUCGUGGGCGAGUCGUCCAUGUGGCACUCGACGACCCCGCCAUGAAGCCCAUGACCAACGACAAGAUCUACUACUUCCUGCCCUUGGGACGACAAGCCUGCCUCUACACGCUCCUUCUUCCAAGACCACGCAGGAGACUCUACAACUCGAACGAGGAGGGUCUCUCGGAGGUGUCCGGCCUGAUGGAGGAGGAGGACGGGAGCGCCGAACGCCGUCUGAAGGAGGUCCUGGAGGAGCUGGUCUCGGGGUGCGGGCAGUACCUGAGCAUCGCUAGGGCGUCUUCGGCGGCGUCUACGGGAGGGAGGACCAAGCUGGACAAGGAGAGGAUGAGGCUCUGCCAGAGGGAAAUUGACCACCUCGGCAGCGCGGCCCGACACACGAAAGCCCUGGUGACGCGACACAGCCUGCGGGACCGCUACAAGACGGCGCACGGUUAUCUCACCAAGUUAAGAGGACUUGUUGAGGAUCCCCAGCACAGCCUCCCUGACGUGUUUCUGUGGAUGAUAAGCGGCGGCAAGAGGGUGGCCUACCAGCGCAUCCCCACCAGGCAUCUCAUCUACUCCCCGGUGGACCUGGAACGGGGCAAAUCCUGCGGCGUCACCCAGACUCUCUUUCUCAAGCUCCCCGGACGCAAGUCGAGCGGGCCGGGCGGCUGGGCCAUCCAAGCCAAGCUGCAGAUCUACCUUUGGCUGGGCAUGAUGAAGCACAAGAAGCACUUCCUGCCCGGCAUUCCCAAGGGCUACGAGACGCCGUACGAGCUGAGGAACAUCGAGAGGACGAUGACGCUGCCGCCGAUCACGCUGCACUACACGCAGAAACAGAUUUUCCAGCUGCGUGCCCACAUGUACCAGGCCAGGUCACUCAUCGCCUCCGACAACUCAGGUCUCUCUGACCCGUUCGCGAGGGUCAUCAUCGGAGAGCACUGUCGAGAGACUCAGGUGAUCGACGAGACGCUGAGUCCGACUUGGACGAGAUGCUGGUCCCUCGACGACAUCCUCGUGUACGGGACCAAGGAGGAGAUGAAAGCUCAGCCUCCGCUCAUCGUCGUCGAGAUUUUCGAUCAGGAUAAAGUGGGCAAAUCGGAGUUCAUCGGGAGAGCCCUGGCACGACCCCACAUCAAGCUACGGGAGGAGCCCUACGAACGACCCCACCUCGAAUGGCACGACCUCUUCCGGGGACGGACCCGGGAGCUGCUGGCGACCUUCGAGCUCCUGCAGUUCCAGGACGGCGAGGAGGGAGGGGACGUGAUCGCCGUACCCCAGGCCAAGGAGUACCACGGGGGAGACAGCGGACCCCUAAUGCCGGUCCCACGGGGUAUCAGGCCCACGCUCGCCAAGUACAGGCUGGAGGUGCUGUUCUGGGGCCUCCGCGACCUGAAGCGCAUCCACCUGCUGACGGUGGAUCGGCCGCGAGUGGAUGUGGAGGUGGCCGGGCACAUCAUCCAGUCAGCUGUGAUCACGUCAGCGCGGAGGAACCCCAACUUCACGAAUCCUGUGAAGUACAUCGAUUUGGAACUCCCGGAGCAAGAGCUGUACUGCCCUCCAAUCACCAUCCGAGUCGUGGACUGUCGGAGCUUCGGGAGGUUCACUCUGGUCGGGACGCACAUCAUCUCGAACCUCCACCGCUACACGUGGACGCCCACGACGAAGAGGGAGAAGGAGGCGGCGGCGAGGAACGCGUCGCUGGUGCAGUUGCAAGACGACCCGAACGGCGUGGGGAACAACAACGCCCUUGUCCCCAACAACGUCCACGGUGGAGGAGGUGGAAGCGCCGCCUACAGAGGGAACCACGAGCGAAGUCCUCUCCUGCAGAAGGACACCAUCAUCACCAUCGACUAUGUGCGUGGAUCUGGCGCCGUCUCCAAGCUCGUGGGCGUGACGAAGAAGGAGAAAGCGGAAGCGAACAGAAGACGGAAGCAGAGUAUAGAAGUAGAAGAGGAGGAGGAAGAGAACAGGGAUUGGUGGACGAAAUACUUCGCGUCGCUGGAGGCCGUGGCCAUUCAACAGCAGGAGAGCAGGGGGGCGAGGGAGCGAGCAGACAACCCCGACGGCGAGCAGACGCAGCAGCAGGAGGCCCAACGGGAGGCGGCGGCGGACAAGAAGAAGCACCACACCUUCAAGGCGUCGUCGACGGCGGCGAAGCUUGCGGCGAGACUCAGCCCGAAGACGCAGAGGAGAAAACCCAAGCAGAAUAUCGCUCUCAUGAAGGUGAUUCCCGGAGACCUGGAGACGGAAUUCAACGGCUUUCGAGAGUGGCUUCACACGUUCGAGCUGUACCGAGGCAAGAAAACCGGGGACGAACUGGAGGACGAGAACCGGGUCGUCGGCAAGUUCAAGGGCUCCCUCAAGCUGUACCGAUGGCCUCUGCCGAAGGACAUAGACGACACGACAAUCACAGGAGGCGACCCACAGUAUGGCUUCUUCCAGGGCCUUCCCUCCAACGACCCGAUCCACGUCCUGGUGAGAGUGUACGUGGUCCGUGCCUGCGACCUUCAUCCCAUGGACCUGAAUGGGAAAGCCGACCCUUACAUCCUGAUCUACCUCGGGGGCAAGAAAGUGUCCGACAAAGAGAACUACAUUUCGAAGCAGUUGAAUCCCGUCUUUGGCAAGUCGGGCUACAACCAGUGGCGCGACCCGAUGAAGCCCACGCAGAUCCUGGCCCGGUUCUGCAAGGAGGGGCGCCUCGACGGGCCUCACUACGGGCCGGGGAAGGUCAGGAUCGGCCCCAAGACCUUCACGCUGCAGAACGACGACGAGCACGACCCCGGCAGGUUUCGGAUGCUAGGUAUGAUCGCGAGCGAAGAACAGCUGGCACUCGCCGUUCUGCACCGAUGGGAGGAAGUGCCAAAGGUCGGGUGCCGCCUGGUGCCUGAACACAUCGAGACGAGGCCCUUGUACAACCCCGAUAAGCCAGGCAUAGAGCAGGGCAAGAUCGAGAUGUGGGUGGACAUGUUCCCGAUGGACAUGCCCCUGCCCGGCCCGCCCCUCGACGUCACGCCCAGAAAACCCAAGAGCUACGAACUCCGUGUCAUUAUUUGGAAUACCGACGACGUGGUUCUCGAGGACGACGCGUUCUUCACCGGCGAAAAGAUGUCGGAUAUUUACGUCAAGGGGUGGGCUCAAGGGCCCGAGGACACCCAGUGCACCGACAUCCACUACCGGUCGUUGACGGGCGAAGGGAACUUCAACUGGAGGUUCGUGUACCCGUUCGAGUACCUGGUCGCCGAGGAGAAGAUCGUGAUCAGCCGGAAGGAGUCACUCUUCUCGUGGGAUGAGACGGAGUGCAAGAGGCCCAGGCGAGGUGGAAACUCGAAGCUGUGCACCCUGGACAUGCUCAAGACGGACGGUUCGGUUCCUAUGGUGAACAUCUUCAAGCAGAGGCGAGUGAAGGGCUGGUGGCCGUUCUACAUCAAGAAGGAGAACGAGGAGAUGGAGCUCACGGGCAAAGUCGAGGCCGAGAUUCACCUGUUAACGAAGGACGAGGCGGAGAAGAACCCGGCUGGACUCGGACGCAACGAGCCGGAUCCCCUGGAGAAGCCGAACCGCCCCGAUGCCUCCUUCAUGUGGUUCCUCAACCCUCUGAAGAGCAUCCGCUACAUCAUUUGGCACAACUACAAGUGGGCCAUCAUCAAGCUCCUCGUUUUCUUUGCUCUGACCAUUUUCUUUGUCCUCUUCUUCUACUCCGUUCCGGGCUUCACGGUCAAGAAAAUUCUGGGAGCGUAAAGAAAACGGAGAUUCUGGGAGUUUA